GCACGUGGGCACGGGCCCCGCCCCACCCCGCCCCGCCACAUCUGGCGGCGGCGCUCGCGCAGGUGGGGCCGGCGGGGGAGGGGGGGGGGGGGGCGAUGCCGGUGGCCGGCGCCGGUCACCGGCACCCGCCACCGGCCGGCGGAGGGGCCGGGCCGCGCGGCGCUCCCCCCCCGCGCCUCCCCGCUCCCGGUCUCCCGGCGGCGCAGGGCGGCAGCGCGGGGCCAUGAGCCGGACGGAGGCCGAGCCUUGCUCCCGGGCGCGGGCGCAGGCCCGGGCCUACCUGGGGCAGCUGCGGGGCCGCGUCUCCCCGGCGGGCCCCGAGGGCGGCGGGCGGCGGGAUUACCUGGUGGAGGCGGCGCGGCAGCUGCGGCUGGCGCUGGAGCGGGACGUCAGCGAGGACUACGAGGAGGCCUUCAACCACUACCAGAACGGCGUGGACGUGCUGCUCCGCGGCGUGCAGGUUGACCCCAACAAGGAGCGUCGGGAGGCCGUGAAGCGGAAGAUCACACAGUACCUGAGGCGUGCAGAGGAGAUCUUCAACUGCCACCUCCAGCGGGCUGCGGGGGGUGGCAGCCCCACUGCCACGGGUUACAGCAGCCUGCGCUUCCGGCCGAUCAGGACACUGAGCUCGGCACUGGAGAACCUGAGACGAUGUAAGGUUGUGGGAGUGAUCGAUAAGGUGCAGAUCAUCCAGGAUCCAGCCACUGGUGGGACCUUUAUUCUUAAGCUACCUGUACCUCUUCAGAGCCUCCCUAAAUCCCAUGUUGAGAGCCGUGAGCGACAGACCAUCAUCCCUCAUGGGGUCCCAUUCAUGGUCAAGCUGCUGUGCUACUAUGUGAGUGAGGACUCCAUCUUUCUCCACCUAGAGCAUGUGCAGGGGGAGACGCUCUGGUCUCACCUCCGCUCCAAGUACUGUGUCCAGCAAAGCUCUGCUGAUCCAGACACCAUUCAAACUCUGAGGGACCGUGGCGGAGAGGAUGGUGUGGGAAGCUCCCAGGGCAGUAGCCAAGUCUCCACCUUCUCUGCUUGGACAGGCAGUGACCUCCCAGGCUCUGUGACCCACCGAGUAUUGAGAAACAUUGAUGCCUUGCCCCUCUGGGAGUCCUCUGACCCCAUGGACCCUGGCUUGGGAGACCACUGCCAGCUUCGCCUGGCUGCCGCCAGUGGCACGUGGGCUGCACCUGGAGGGCAGGAUCUAAGCAUGACCCAGGCUACAUCUGGCAUCGUGGACCAUGUUCCAGCAGCAUCAGCUAAAGGCCCCAGCCACCUUACCAACCAGGGCCUGGUCAUCUACCCCUGGGACAUCCUAACUAGCAGCACAGGCUGCAUAUCAGAGAGAGCAGCCUCCCAAAAAGAUCCUGGGCCACGUGCUGGUGAGAGGCUUCCCGAGACACGUGGCUCCAUACUGAAGACUGUGAGAGGGGGACAGCCAGGGGCAGGGGAGCCACUGGCUCAGCCGGUGUCUGAGGUCCCCUGGGCUCAGCCUCUCCUGACAUCCUCUGUUCAGAGGCAGCUUUGUGCAGAAGUUGCCCCAUCCAGCUCUGGCAAGCUCUGUGCGCCUGACCCAACAGUGUGGGAGCCCUCGAGGGGAGCAAGCUGGACCUGUGGCCAGCUCAGAAAGCAGCUGCUCUCAGGUCAAUGCCAGUCUCUGGCUUUGCAUGGGCAUGGCCAGAGAGCGUGGGCUGUGAAGGAGGAGCAGGUGCAGCUGUGGGCAGCAGAAAUCCUCCUGGCCUUAGAGGGACUUCACCAGCAGGGUAUACUGUGCCGGGACCUCAACCCCAGGAACCUGCUGUUUGAUGCAGCCGGUCACAUCUGUCUCACCUUUUUUGGCCAGUGGACAGAGGUGGAGCCCCAGUGCUGCAGCCAGGCACGGGAAGAGCUGUACAGUGCCCCAGAAGUGGGGGGGAUCGCAGAGCUCACUGAAGCAGCUGACUGCUGGAGCUUUGGCUCUCUCUUGUACGAGUUGCUGACAGGAGUGCAUCUGCUCACCAGCACCCUCUGCCUCCUGCAGCCACUGUCCCAAAACCACCCUUCAGGGAUUCAACCUCACACGCAGUUGUAUCUGCCAGAGGGGCUCAGUCUGGCUGCUGCGUCACUGCUCACUGAGCUCCUACAGUACAACCCAAAACAGCGUUUGGGCUCUGGAGGAGGUGGCAUGGCGAAGCUGAAGGCCCACUCCUUCUUCAGCACCAUCCUGUGGCAGAAGCUGGUGGGCUAGGCAGGCUGUCCUUCCCGCAGGGAGCUGGGCACAGAACCACUGUCCCUGGCACUUGUGACCACAGGUGCCACGGGCAGCCCUGCCUGCUGGGGGAGGUCUGCCUGCAAGGGCUGCCCCAGGGUGGGGUGUGCACGAGGUUUUGCAGCCUUACAUGUUCUUCUGUCUCUGCUUGUGUUUGUUGGUGUAUCUGAGAGAGGGGGCUGCAGUCUGGGGUGGGCUGUCUUCUCCUCUAGGUCCUCUCUGGUGGAAAAGGGAGCCCAGGUGCCUACCCCUGGGGCGAGGCCAUGCUCCCCUUCUGGGACAUCCCUUGCUCAGCAUAGCACCGUGCCCUAGGACGCCAUCCUAAUGGUUUGGGGAUGGGUGGUUUUUUUUUUUGUUUUUUUGUUUUUUUUUUUUUUUUUCCUCUAUCUCUGCUGCUACCACAGUGACACUGGCCUUGUUUUUUUCUUGUGGCUUCCAAGUGCAUCUCUGGGCCCUGCUGGCUGGUGCCCGAGCCCAGGGUCUGCUGCAUGUUUGUGUGUGGGUAAUGUCUGCUGCGGGAGUGAGAUGGGAGGGAGCCCUCUGCAAAGAAUAAACCACUUGUUAUUGCUUGCAGAA